AUGUUUCGAACUCUGACUAUUAACCUAAACAAAUGCCGGCAUUUCAAUAAUGCUGAUUCAUUUAUUAGUAAAUAUAAUAGAAGUUUAUCUGGAAUAGCUCCUCCUCAGUCUAAAGCAAUACAGCCGGUAUUAGUUAAUGCAAUGGAAGACAAAGCUAACUUUUUGUUGCCAAAUAAUCAACGGUUUGUAGAAUUAGAUAGCUCGCAAGCAUUUAACAAUUUGACCAAUAAAGAAAAGCUUUAUGCUCAUUAUCUGAGUAAAGCUGCAUGGAAUGGUGGGCUCAUAGUUCUUCUUCAAACUAGUCCUGAAUCUCCAAAAAUUUUCUCACUUCUUCAUAGGAUUUUCCUUGGAGAACCCUUAGAUAAACUUAAGGAGUCUGCAUUAAAAGCUGGCGUUUCUGAAGAUGAUUUUAAGGCAUUUUUAGUCUAUUCCGGUGGCUUAUUCGCAAAUAGCGGGAACUAUAAAGGUUUUGGUGAUACGAAAUUCAUUCCAAAUCUAUCUAAGGAAGCAUUUGAACUUAUUGUUAAAUCAUCAAAAGCCUAUGAUGAUGACAACACUCAUAUGACGAAGUUAUGGCAAAAAGUCCAGAAUGCUAUUUACAGCCUUGCUCCAAGACUGACUAGUUUAGGUUUGGCUAAUAAGGGGGUGACAACAUAUUUCUCUUGUAACUGCACUGAAGAGGACUCAAACUUAGUCAAUGAUUGGAUGAAAACUAAACGUAUCGAAGCAUAUAUCUGUCGGACAUUCAAAACCACAGCUGAUGAUGGCCUACCAUUAUACACUAUACACCUGGCGAGUGUUGAGUCUUCACCCAAGCCGCCGCUAACGAUGGAAAAAGAAAAAUAUAAGAACGCAUAUUUCCAAGUGACGCGAGGAGAUUACGCCGCUCUAUUGAAACUGGCGAAUGAGAACCUUGCCAAAGCUAUGGAAUAUGCAGCAAAUGAUAAUGAGAGAAAUAUGCUUAAACAUUACAUCAACAGUUUCAAAGAAGGUGACUUGAAUGAACAUAAAGAGGGCAGCAGGUUUUGGAUCAAAGAUAAAGGCCCAAUUAUUGAAACGUACCAAGGCUUCAUUGAAACAUACCGCGAUCCAAGCGGACAACGAGGGGAGUUUGAAGGGUUUGUGGCGAUGGUUAACAAGGAAAUGUCUAAAAAGUUUGGCACUCUCGUGGAUGGGGCGGAGCGCUUCAUCAAGCUUUUGCCGUGGGGACAAGAUCUUGAAAAGGAUACAUUCCUCAGGCCCGACUUUACUAGCUUGGACGUUUUAACUUUUUCUGGCAGCGGUAUUCCUGCUGGCAUCAACAUUCCUAACUAUGAUGAGAUUCGUCAGAAUGAAGGCUUUAAGAAUGUUUCCCUUGGCAAUGUAAUUCCCGCUGCAUAUAAGGAAUCAGUCAUACCAUUCCUAUCUGAAGAAGACAAGAAAUUACUGGAAAAGUACAGGGUUGCUUCUUUUGAGGUACAAGUGGGUCUCCAUGAGCUCUUAGGCCACGGCAGUGGGAAACUGCUUCGUCAGAACGCCGACGGAACGUUUAACUUCGAUAAAGAAAAGGUCAAGAACCCACUUACCGGCAAACAAAUCGAAUCGUGGUAUACAGAAGGAGAGACUUACGACAGUAAGUUCACAACAUUGGGCUCUGCCUUCGAAGAAUGUCGCGCAGAAGCAGUCGGGCUAUAUUUGUCGUUGGAACCUGAGAUACUCAAAAUAUUUGGAUACGAAGGUCAAGAGGCACAAGAUGUGACAUAUGUGAAUUGGCUGAGUUUGAUGUGGAAUGGAGCUGCCAAAGCCACUGAGAUGUAUCAACCUUCAACGAAGACUUGGUUACAGGCGCACGCUCGCGCGCGGUUCGUGCUGAUGCGGCUGCUGGAGCUGGAGGGCGACGGGCUGCUGGUCGUCAGCGAGCCGCACCCUGCGCACGACCUGCUGCUCACGCUCGACCGACACCGCUUAGCCACCGACGGCAAACGGAUUAUAGGCGAGUUUCUCGUGAAGCUACAGACAUUGAAGGCGACCGGUGACUCGUCAGCGGCAGAACAGUUAUUUGACCGCUACAGCCGCCUGGACGAGCCCUGGUCGCGCUGGAGGGACAUCGUCAUGCUUCACAAGCAGCCAAGAAACAUAUUCGUCCAACCCAAUACUUCGCUAAAAGGCGAGGAAGUGGAAUUAAAACGUUACCCGGCGAGUGCAGAGGGUAUGGUGGCAUCGUGGGUCGAGCGCUUCCCAAGUUCCACUAUUGACGAUGUCCUCGAACAACUCGCCGACACAGAUAGCAAGUACUUCGCAGAGCUGGAAUCUCUCGCUGCCGCUUGA